AUGAAAAUCGCCAGGUAUGAAGCCCACGGAACUGUCCACUUCGGUGUCGUGGAUGGCGGCAACGUCGCCGCCAUCGACGGCAGCCCCUUUGGGGAUUUCACGGUGACCGACCACGUCCACAAGCUCUCCGACGUCAAGCUGCUGGCUCCAGUCGUCCCGGGCAAGAUCCUCGCCAUGGGGCUGAACUACACCAGCCACAUCGGCGAUCGCCCUGGUCCGGAGUACCCUAUGGUCUUCCACAAGACCCCCACCAGCGUCAUCGGCCCCGAGGACUCCAUCAUCCGCCCCAAGGAAGUCCAGCGGUUCGAUGCCGAGGGCGAGAUGGUCGUUGUUAUCAAGGACGACUGCCGCUACGUCUCCAAGGAAGACGCCCUUAACCACGUCCUUGGCUACACUUGCGGCAACGACGUCAGCGCCCGCGACUGGCAGCGCAAGGACCGCAACGAGAACAACUCCGACUGGUGGCGCGCCAAGUCCGCCGACACCUUCUCGCCCAUGGGCCCCUGGAUCGACACCGACGCCAACCCAGCCGACCAGUGGCUGCAGACCCGCGUCAACGGCAACGUCGAGCAGGACCAGAGCACCAGCGACCUGAUCUUCGACGUGCCCACCAUGAUUGAGUUCAUCACCAAGUACGUCACCCUGAACGCUGGCGACUGA